AUGGCUUCCGAGCAGUCGCGCAGAUCCGGGGCAAUGGCCCAGGAGGAGGUGGAGCCUUACAUGAAAAAGGAAGAUCUAACACAUAAGCAUGCUGAUCCCGCAGAGUACGAACAAGAGCAGACUUUGACGCAGAAGGGACAGGAGGUCACGGCGGCGAAAGGCAAGGAAGAACUCCCAGCAUCGCACGAAGACGCGCUGAAGCGCGGCGAGGAAGCUCUUACGAGCACCGAGGAUUCCGCCUCGGGCGGCGGUUUUUUUGCGCCGCUGAAGAACCUCGCGUCGCGGUUCAUGGGCCACGCGGCUCCAGAAACCGAGGGAGCUUUUCAGACUGGAUUGGACAUUCCGAUCUACACGCAGGAUGAGCCGGCCGCUGGUGACGUGUCGACUGACAGCCAGGCUGCACGUGCCGGCCACGUGGACAAAGCGGAGCGUGGAUCGACGAUCGAAUUGGGUCAAGAGGAAGCUGUUGGGGAGUCGCCGCAGCAGGAGAGGGAGCGAAGUGCGGAGAUGGCGAAGGAGAGUGCUAAGGAGGAAGCUCGUAAGGCGACCGACGAGGUGAAGGAGCAUGCUGCGAGCGGAUGGGACGCAGCGAGACGCGGCGUCGCGGAGACUACGGAGUCGAUCAAGCAACCAGCGGCGCGCGAGUCGAGUGAGGAUGUGAGCCGGAAAGCCAGCGAGGGUACUGCUGCGUCGGCGGAACGCGCUGCGCCAGUGGAGUCGCAGAAGGCGGCGGAAGGAGCAGCGGUGGCGGAGAGGAAAGCGGAAGAUGCGCGUGCAGGUGCGGCGGCGGGGAUUGAGGAGACGAAGGAGAAGGCGGUACAGGCGCGAGAGGAGGCGGGAAAGCAGGCGGAGGAAAGCGCGCAGGGAGUGAAGGAGAUUGCGCAGGAGGCGCAGGCGGAGGCGCAAGCGGCGGGGGAGAAGGUGCAAGGGUCGUUCGACUCAAUGGCUGAGCGCGCGCGCGGGGUGAUGGAGCGCACGUUGGAAAGCAUUCAGGAGACCGUCGAGGCCGCGCGCGAGCGGUCCGCACAGGCGGGGGAAACGGCGGAGCAGGCGGGCGAGACGGCGAAGGAGGCCGGGCGGGAGGCGUACGAGAAGGGGAAGGGGUUCGCAGCGGAGACAAAGGAUGCGGCUGUGUAUCUCGUGUUCACGUUCUUGCAGGAGAACCUCGAGGCGGCGGGCACCGUCACGGCGAGAGGGCUGGGCAAGGCGGUGGGUACGGUGGAAGGAGCAGCAGAAGCGGUUGGCGAGACUGAGCGGACGGCAGAGGGCAUUGAGUCUGCGCAGGAGGGCGCGCGCGGCGCGUACGACCGCACGGCGGAGAACGUAUCCGCGUCUGCAGCUGGCGCGCGCGACCGCACGGCAGAAACCAUCGAGUCCGCGCAGGAGGGCAUUGCAUCCGCAGAGGAGGGCGCAAAGGACGCGUACAACCGCAGGGCGGAAAACAUCUCUGCCUCCGCCGCUGGUGCGCGCGACACUGGCGCAGUCGCGACGGGCACCGUCGCAGGCGCGGUUGGGCAGAUCUUCCACUCGUUUGCGGAGGCGCUAGGCGUCGCGGGGAAGCACGCCCCGCCGGAGGCGCCAGUGGGGGAGGUGCCUUCGGCGGAAGCGUCAGCGGCGCAUCGCCCGCUUUCUGCGGACGUGAAAAGUGGCGGAGAGCGUUCCGUCCCCCAUGCGCCUGACCGCGCGCCUGCCAGCCUCUCCGCGCGCACAUCCGCGGAAGGAGGUGGCCAGCACGCGGGGGGAAGCGGGGCAGGCGGCGGAGGGGAAGCGGGGGAAGCGGAAAGGCACGCGGGGAAGGCAAGCUUUGGGGAGGAGGAGGGGGCAAUAGAGCCGGGACUGGGCGGGGGUGUACGGUAUCAUCCUGAACCCAGCGCUGAUCUCGGGGGGUCUGGUCUGAGUGCCAUGUUUGCUGCUGGGAGCAAGGCGGAUGUUCCACAGAACUACCCCCACGCUAGCCAGGAGACAGGCGAACAAGCGUCUAAACGAACUGCUGAUGUUGGUGGUGGUGGUGAGAGUGGUUCCCGCGGUGCCGCAGAGGAAUCUGGUCCUGGGCAUGGUGGGGGUGAUGGGACGGCGGCCACUGAGACAGCAGCAGGCAGGUCGGCAGUGAAAUCGCCUUCAUCAGAUGAACGCGGCGUGUUUGGUGGAGGGGGUGUUCCUGGCGCCAAGAGCGUCCCGUGGGACCAGGUGAAUGUGGGGGAAGGCGUGGAUGAGAAAGGGGUGGACAGGAGGCAACAGGUGGAGAUGCUUAAAGGGGGGGCGAGGGAGCUGCUCGGUAGAAUCACAAAGGCUGUUAUGGAUAAGUCCGGGAUUGAGACUGUGGAGCCAAAGAAUCGAAUUGCAAAGGAGAAUACCAUGGCGCCGAAAAUUGCCGGCCAGAGGGAGGAGCUGGGGAUUGGCGGGGUGGCAGGUGAGGGAGGAAAGGGAGGAGGAGAGGAAGGAGAGGGGAUGGCGGGAGGGGAAGGGGGAAGGGGAGGUGAAGGGGGAGAAGGAGGAGGGGGGUGGGUGAGUGAUUUGGUAAAUCGGGCGCAUAUGGGAGAUUUGGUGGAGCAGGCGAAGGUGAGGCGGCAGAGUGUGAAGCAUGCUGGGGUGUUGGAAUCAGUUGCAACUGCUGCCGAGCAUGUGAAGGAUGCUAUGGUGGGGAGGAGGGCUGUGGGAGGAGGGGAAGGGGAUGUGGAGAGUGCCAAGAUGGCUGAUUCGGAACUGGGGAGGCUGGUAAAGGAAGCACAGCUGAAGGAGCAGUAG